AUGGCCUCCUUCUAUCCCAAUGAGCUCGCGUGGAUGAAUACAUUCCGGCAAGUGCUCCAGGACUAUGGUAUUAUACUCAAUGCUUCUAUGGUUGGCUCGACCGGAUGUACGACAGACGGACAUAUUUUGUCUACCAACGGACAGUUUGUGCUGAUGAUAAUUGAGGGGAAGAACGAGAUUGGAAGUGGCACUGCCGAACCGUUCAUGGAGGCGAUGUUGUACUACCGCAAGUUUAUGGAAGACUCGAAGAUUGAGAUGGCGAGGCUCCGGUCUUUCAUUCCAUGCAUCCAUAUCAUUGUCUUCGGGGCAUGCAUCGGCUUUUCAGGCUCUGUUUUCACUGAAAAAGUCCAGUCCGAUGUCCUGGUCCCUAUCAUUCCUCUGUUUUGGCAUUCAACAGACCUCCACAUGCAAGUGAUGGCAGCUCGUACUUUCGGGGCUCUCAAAAUUGCCGUCGAGAAACUUACCAAACUAUACUCCCAUCCAAUCCCGUCCCUCGAACCCGAAGAUCCAUAUCUUAAAUGUCCUUACCCUCGGAGUUAUACCAAUUCCAUCCGGUUUCAUUCAGGAAUUCUCAAUCUGGUGGUUAUGGAUGCCCUUGAUAUUGAUAAUGAUUGCUUUCCGCAACGACCUGGCUCAUAUCGACUGCUCAGUGAGAUAAGUGUUUUGGACCGUCAGCCGCUGAAGGAGACCAUCACCUCUCUCAUCCGGGAGUUACACAAUCACAAUGAUGGCUACGUUCAUGGCAACCUUCAAGAUACCAAUUUUGUUGUGCGGGACGACAAACACUUCAUGCUGCUCAAUUUCGAUUGGGCCAGACCGAUCCAGAAGACACAUUAUCCUAUGUAUGUCAAUCGGAAGGAUAUUCAAUGGCCUGACGGUGCGUGGGAUGGGCAGAAGAUUGUGGCUGAGCAUGACUUGGAUAUGCUGAAUUAUCUAUUUCAUCCUGAGCAAGAUGUUCGGGAGCCAGCUGCAAAGCACCGCUGUAUAUUUAGUGAAGGGUCACUGAUGGUCAUUUGA